CAUCCCUGCAACUGAUGUCAUAUCGACUGUCAAAGUAAAUCAGCUUCAUAAAGAAAACAGCAUCAUCAUUGUAGUGCUCGAAGUUGUUUUAAGUUAGUCUAUUCGUAUUUUCCAAUAAAAAUGGAAGCAUCUAUCAAAGUAGCCCCUCAGAUGCCGGAUAACUUCAAGGAAUUCACCGGGCAUGUCGAGCCGUUGGAUGAGAACUGUUCGGCUCAACUUCAAUUUGUUCAUCCUCUGAAGCAAUCAGAGCAAAAUCACGACAAACACCGUCAGAAUCUUCAUCUGCAAAUGCUUCGUAAUCGGGAGGGGCUGGCCGCACCACUAAAGCUCACGAUGGAAUUGAAAUCUGUGUCCAGAACAGGUCAUCUACCCUUCCUUCCAUCUACAAAUGUUGCGAGGGAUGUGUUGACCGGACGGGACGAACUUGUGGACUUUACCGAUAUUUUCAACGUGGAAGAGUAUUCGGAAUUUUUGCGCCAACCUCACGCUGUCAUGGAGAAAACUCUUGGCAUUCUUUAGGCGAUAACAAGAUAACACUAUGUAUUUAGGUAUUGCGGUUUGAACGUUAUUCCGAUUGUGUGUUGUAAUAAAAUUUGGGUUAAAUGCAUUCAAA